AGGGCGCGGCGGCGCGGGCGGCUCGGGGCUGGAUUCCGCCCGCGCUCCCUCGCUCGCUCGUUCGCUCCCUCCUUCCCUCCCAGCCCCCUCCCUCCCUCCCAGCCCCCUCCCACCCAGGCCCACCCCACCCACCACCCCUGGCGCAGGGACUGCUGGAACCUGGCGUGCGCGCUGUCGCUUUAAGACAGACUCUGCCGGCGCCGUCCGGAGCCUUAGAAACCGGCCCCGGAUCGGGAGCCGGAACCGGGGCCGGGCGGGCGGCUGAGGCCCGAGCGGCGGGAGGGCAGCGCGGAGCGCGAAGCCGGGCUCCCGGUCGCGGGAAACCGCUGCCGCUGCCGCCCGCCUGGCCCCGCAGCCCCGGGCGGUCCAUGGGGCGGGCGCGGCGUCGUUGCGGGCGCGGGCAGCCCUGGGGGGCGGCCGCUUAGGCGCUGCGCUCUUGUCCUCGCAGGUCGCAGCCAGGGCAGCCGGGCGCGCCCAGCUCCGGCCGCCGGAGCGCCCGCCGCGGUCCCCGCCUCCAUGGACGCCUUCAAGGGGGGCAUGAGCCUGGAGCGGCUGCCGGAGGGGCUCCGGCCGCCGCCGCCGCCGCCGCACGACAUGGGGCCCGCCUUCCACCUAGCCCGCGCCGCCGACCCCCGCGAGCCGCUCGAGAACUCCGCCAGCGAGUCGUCCGACACGGAGCUGCCAGAGAAGGAGCGCAGCGGGGAACCCAAGGGGCCCGAGGACAGCAGUGCGGGCGGCGCAGGCUGCGGCGGUGUUGAGGACCCCGCCAAGAAGAAGAAGCAGCGGCGGCAACGCACGCACUUCACAAGCCAGCAACUGCAAGAGCUGGAGGCCACGUUCCAGAGGAACCGCUACCCGGACAUGAGCAUGCGGGAGGAGAUCGCCGUGUGGACCAACCUCACCGAGCCACGCGUGAGGGUCUGGUUCAAGAACCGGAGAGCCAAGUGGCGGAAGCGCGAGCGUAACCAGCAGCUGGACCUGUGCAAGGGCGGCUACGUGCCGCAGUUCAGCGGCUUGGUGCAGCCCUACGAGGACGUGUACGCCGCUGGCUACUCCUACAACAACUGGGCCGCUAAGAGCCUGGCACCAGCGCCGCUCUCCACCAAGAGCUUCACCUUCUUCAACUCCAUGAGCCCGCUGUCGUCGCAGUCCAUGUUCUCGGCCCCCAGCUCCAUCUCCUCCAUGACCAUGCCGUCGAGCAUGGGCCCGGGCGCUGUGCCCGGCAUGCCCAACUCGGGCCUCAACAACAUCAACAACCUCACCGGCUCCUCGCUUAACUCGGCCAUGUCACCGGGCGCCUGCCCGUACGGCACACCCGCCUCGCCCUACAGCGUCUACCGGGACACGUGCAACUCGAGCCUAGCCAGCCUGCGGCUCAAGUCAAAGCAGCACUCGUCGUUCGGCUACGGCGGCCUGCAGGGCCCGGCCUCGGGCCUCAAUGCGUGCCAGUACAACAGCUGACCGCCCAGCCGGGCCACGCGGGCCGGCGGCCGGCACAGCGCCGGGGCCGGGACCGGGUCGGGUGCGGGCGCGGAGGACCUGGCGCCUGCGCGGCCCCCUGCUCCCCACCUCCCCACCUCCGGCUUGGUUUUGUGUUUGCUUUCCUGGACCCCACUCUGCCCUCCAAAA